UUGAGAUCAGAAAAAAAGUUUUUAGACGCUUAUACAUUCACUAAAGAUGAAGAUCAAGGAGUGCAGACUGCGUUGAAAUACGGCGUUCAACUGCACAAUGACAAUAAGCAAAAUCGUUUCAAAAUUACUCUGAAAACUCACCCUUUGCGAGAUUAUACCUCAAACAUAUGGAAUGUUUUUGAAGCUGUCUGCGAUGAUUUAAGAAGAGGCUUUAUGCUUAUGCUAUGUGGUAACAAUGAAAGAUCUUAUGAGGGGUUCCUCAGUAUUGCUGAGACUUUUCACAUGCCGUUCGUCAACUGGGAUUUGGCGUAUAAUAACAGAGAAGAUAGAUCAUUUAACAACUACGAAGUUAACCUGAAGCCGCCAAAAGCUGAACUUAUUGCUGAUCUUAUAAUAAAAAAGAACUGGUCUUCUAUAGUUUACAUGCAUGACGAGAAAAAUGGUGGAACAGUUCAGUGGAUAAACUAUUAUUUACACAAAAAAACCAAUGAAUCUGUAAGUACAGAGAUGAUUGAACUACCGUUGGAAGUGGAGAAUUUUCGGACGUUUCUCAGAACGUUUAUUGUUAAUCGAGCACACUCAAAAAUGGAUAAAUGUGUAUUUAUUGAUACUUCAUCGUCACUUCGUCAAGAACGCUUUUUGGAAGUCAUUCGUACCAUUGGCAUCGAGCAGCUUCGGUUUCACUAUGUUGUUGCAAACUACGACUUUCAACCGGUGGACGUUGAACUGUUUCAGACCUCUAAUAUAAAUAUAACAGGUUUUCAAAUCGUAAAUCGAGAUGCAAAUGCAAUUUUUAACCUAAAAAAGUAUUUUCUAAAUUUUCAUGAGACGUCAACUGAGCUAUGGCAAAUACAAAAUAAAGACAGCAGAGAAUCUGUGCAGGCCAAAAUAGGAUUCGUCCACGACGCUAUGCUUGUCGUUCGAGCAGCUUUUGAAACUGUGUUGCAGCAGAACAGUACUGUUUUUGCGCGUAAUUUUCGUCACAAAAAAAUGUACAAUCGAGAACGCGAAGGCAUCCAGUGCAGUACUGGCAAUCAGACGCCGUUAUUUACUUUUGAGCAUGGGCAAAAAAUAGCUCAAGCUUUGAGAAAAGUCGUACUUGAUACCGAAAAUGGAACCGUUACGGGACAUAUCGAAUUUGACCGAUUCGGUUUGAGAAAAAAUUUUGACGUUACAGUUGUAGAUUUAAUGUCUAAUUCGAGGUCUGUUUUUAACCAAAAAGAGGUAAGUAAAUCACUAAAACUUAAAUUAGAUACCACUUUAUGGCGUCAAGGAUUUGGCUUUAUAGAAAACUCCACUCAUGCCAAACACAGUAGAAAACCGAUUGAAGUUCCCGCAACUGAGAAACCGAUUCGAGUGAUAACAAUACUGACUGAUCCGUUCGUCAUGUAUAAAAAGGGAUGCGAACCAGAAGCUCUGAACGUUUCCUCUGGAGGGUCGGGAACAGAACCGCCUGCUGAGUGUAAAGGCAAUGAUCGUUUCGAGGGAUACUGUAUGGAUUUGCUGAAACUCCUAGCAGAAAGGAUAGAAAAUUUUGAUUAUGAGAUAAAAUUGAGCAAAGCUUUUGGUUCUAAGCAACCAGAUGGAGACUACGACGGAGUUAUAGGAGCACUAAUUCAUGGCGAAGCUGAUGUUUGUGUCGCAUCGCUCACUAUAAACCAGGAGCGAGAACGAGUUGUCGCUUUUUCCAAGCCUUUUAUGACGACUGGCAUUAGUAUAAUGAUUAAGAAACCAGAUAAACAAGAAUUUUCAGUUUUUUCUUUUAUGCAGCCUCUUAGUACAGAAAUUUGGAUGUACAUUAUAUUCGCGUAUGUGGGAGUAUCUGUUGUAAUAUUUCUUGUCUCCCGUUUUUCACCAUACGAGUGGCGCAUUGAGGAAAUGCCGAGUGGUAGAGGUUUUACAAUUUCGAACGACUUUUCUGUUUAUAAUUGUCUUUGGUUUACACUAGCAGCUUUUAUGCAACAAGGCACAGAUAUCCUACCACGAUCAAUAAGCGGUAGAAUUGCUAGUAGCGCGUGGUGGUUUUUCACAAUGAUCAUCGUAUCGUCUUACACUGCUAACUUAGCAGCUUUUCUGACAUUAGAAAAAAUGCAAGCACCAAUUGAAUCAGUAGAAGAUCUAGCAAAACAAACUAAAAUCAAAUAUGGCAUCCAGCAGGGUGGUUCAACUGCACAAUUUUUCAAGGGCUCAUCGGUACAGAUGUAUCAGCGGAUGUGGCGUUUUAUGGAAUCUCAGGUUCCAAGCGUAUUUACAAAAUCAUAUGAAGAAGGUAUAGAACGAGUAAGAAAGCAUAAAGGAAGGUACGCAUUUCUUCUGGAAGCUACUGCUAAUGAAUAUCACAACACUCGAAAACCUUGUGAUACAAUGAAAGUCGGUGCAAACUUGAAUUCGAUUGGUUAUGGGGUAGCUACUAGCGUCAACUCUCCAUACAAAGAUCAAAUAAAUUUGGCCAUAUUGGCACUACAAGAAAGAGGUGAACUGAAAAAGCUGGAAAAUAAAUGGUGGUAUGAUAAAGGCCAAUGCGACCAAGGAAUAAAUGUUGAUGGUCAUAAUGCUAGUUUGAAUCUGAGUAAAGUAGCUGGAAUAUUUUACAUAUUAAUGGGCGGGAUGAUUGCUUCUAUGCUAGCUGCAUUGAUAGAAUUCCUCUAUCGGUCACAUAUUGAAGCUCGAAAGAAUGAUUCUGGCUUUGUUGUCGGCAGUAUUGCGAAAAAGUUGCGUGACUCUUUGUAUGCACAACUUCGAUUGUCACUGCAAGGCGGUACAACGGCACCACAGGGUACCCAAGCAUAUAACAUUAUAAAACAACAACGGGAGCAUGCAAGGUUUUCAAUUGUUAAAGCUCCCGAACAAACGAGUGUAAAGGACAAAGAAAAAUUGAGUUCUUACAAUUUUCUGGACAAUCGGUACGAUACUGUGGUCUGACU